AGUUUUUUCCAAUUGCUAAGACACUAUAAUGACACGAAUAGCACAUUUUUUUAAACUGACACACAGAGAGUAUAACCUCUUCUCAAGUAUCCAAAACUCUAAACACGUUUUCUGCUUUACACACAUUUUACAAUUCAGAAUGGCACUUUUUAACUGCACUGAACACGAUUCUCUACAUAACACACAACAAUCUGAGAUAAAGUCACAUGUUUGCCAUGUCAAAACACUGCCAUUCAACAUGACAAAACAUGAGCUAAUUGGACGAUAUAUGUGCCACCUGGCCAAACACCUCAUUGGUUAAUUGUUGGCACUUCAAUCAGGAGGUAAGCACUAUAAAAAGCCCACAGGUGAGCCUUUCUUUUAUAACAACAAUGGAAGCUGCUGCAGAGGGAAGAAUGAGAGGUGGAGGAAGAUUUAGAGGUAGGGGUAGAGCUGCUAGAGGAAUUCAAGGCCAAAGAAGACAACUUUCAAAUGAAAUCAGAGCAACCUUAGUUGAUCAUGUCAUCAACCAUGGGCUGACUAUGAGAGAAGCUGGACAGAGAGUUCAGCCCAACUUGAGCCGCUUUACGGUCGCCUCUGUCAUCCGGACGUUUAGACUGGAGAACAGGUAUGUAACCAAAAUUUAUUUCACAUUACGUAGUACACCACAUGUCUUAGUUGGGGGUAUCAGUUGAGUGACACCUGUUUUUUUUGGCUACUAUGGCUGAUGUCAUGCACUAACUGUACAAAUUUCCUGAUUAUUUUCCUGUACUGUGUGUGGAAAUACCUUUUAGGCAGCAUUGUCCAAGCCCUGUAUAUAUAUAGAUUUUUUUGGUUUCUUUUUCUAAAGGACUGAGAGAUGCCACCAUGAUGGAGGAAGGGGCCAAAUGUUCACCGCUGUACAAGAAGCUGCCAUAGUAAACUUGGUUAGGGCAAAUAAUGAAAUCAGAUUACGAGAAAUUCAAAGCCACAUCAUCCAAGAAAACACAAUAUUCAGCAACAUUCAACAAAUCAGUCUUUCUACAUUGGCUCGCAUUCUCAAGCGAAACCAAAUCAGAAUGAAACAACUUUAUAAAGUGCCUUUUGAGAGAAACUCUCAAAGAAACAAAGAGCUCAGACGAGCAUAUGUGGAUACAGUACUGGAAAUGGAUGCUCAUGCAACUCCACAUGAGUUCAUCUUUAUAGAUGAGGCUGGGUUCAACCUAGCAAAGACCAGAAGAAGGGGAAGAAAUGUCAUUGGCCACAGAGCAAUUAUAAAUGUUCCUGGCCAACGUGGUGGGAACAUCACAAUGUGCGCUGCCAUCUCCAAUACGCAUGGUGUCCUCCACCGCCUUGCCAACCUUGGACCAUACAACACAGCCCAUAUUCUCACAUUUCUGGGUAGACUCCACAACAUUCUCAUACCAGAGCGAAUGAAUGACGCAGACCGUCACAGAAACAGGUACGUUGUAGUAUGGGACAACGUGAGCUUUCAUCGUGCAGUCACAGUCCAAAACUGGUUUGCUGACCACCCACCAUUUCUCGUGCAAUACCUCCCACCAUACUCACCAUUUCUGAACCCCAUAGAAGAGUUCUUUUCAGCAUGGCGGUGGAAGGUAUAUGACCGGCAGCCCUUUGUGCGCAUGCCUCUUCUGCAGGCUAUGGAAGAGGCAUGUGAGGAAAUUGAUGUGGGUGCAAUUCAGGGAUGGAUAAGGCACUCAAGACGCUUCUUCCCUCAAUGUCUGGCAAAGGACAAUAUUGCCUGUGAUGUGGACGUGGCAUUGUGGCCAGACCCAGCUGUACGGCAAGAAGCUGUCUAAUUAUUUUUCUUGCCUCUUUUUUCUAUUUUUUUUCUUGCAGAUUUCUUUUGUAUUUUUUUUCAGUUUAUUGUUUUUUAUGAGCAUAUUUUUGUUUGUUCCAAUGUAUUUCUGCUGCAUUGCAUUGACUUGUUUUACUGAACAAUAAAAUAUUCGGCAGCAUCUGUGUGUGUCUGCAUAUAUUUCUGUGCAUGUGAACAAUCUGAAGAAUUUUCUACAAUUUGAACUGUUUUUGUAUUAUGGUUAAGCUUACUGAAGGUGACAGUGCUUUUCAUUAUACCCAGCAGUGUGUAGAUGGUUAGACAAAAAUCUGGUAACCUGAAGGAAGUGUGUCUUAUUUGGUGCAAAAGUUUGAUUUUGAUAAUGCUGUAUUUAGUUUUGCUUGCAGUGCUUCAUUUUGCAGGAUAUAUAAGUUGUUUUGCAGUUUGAGUGUGUGGUUUCGUGAAUUGUGUUAAAUAUUUGAUAAAACAAGCCUAGUUUACAAAAUUGUGUUUUAGCAAUUGGAAAAAACUGUAAGUUGUCUUAAGAUUGUUACUUUGGAGAUGCGUAUUAGUUCCAGUGGCAUCCACAUGUAGCCAGUCAUUUCUCUACUGACUAAACACAAACUGUCCAAUCUACCCACCAACUUUCACUUC